AUGAUACAUCAGGGAUAUGGAGAAUACUUUCAAACUAUUCUUGUUCAACCACAAUCGAUUGAAGUUGCUGUUGGUGAAACGGUAGUUCUUGAUUGUACUGUUUUCAAUCAAUAUGGUGAUGUUGCUUGGUGUAAAGAUGGACAUUGUACGAUGGGACGAGAACGACCUUUAUAUUUCAUUCCUCGAUAUGAAAUCAUCGGUGAUAAACAAGCUGGUAUCAAUAGCUUGAAAAUUCGUCAUGUGAACUUGGAAGACGAUGGCAUCUAUCAAUGUCAGAUAGGUCGAACUGUUGAAGCACGUGAAGUUCUUUCGAAUUUCGCUAAUUUAACUAUUCUGAUUCCACCUGAUCAAAUAUCUCUCACCUAUGUUGUGCCUGAUGGUGUCGUUGUCAGUGGAAAAGAAUUUCGAAUGCAAUGUCAAGUAUUGAACACACGACCAGCACCAUUAUUUACUUGGCAAACACCACCGAAUAUUCAAAUCGUCAACGUUACCCAACAAUCGACACCAAUGACAAAUAAUAGUAAACUGUUGAAAUCCAUAUCGACCAUUACACUCAUUGCGGAUACAAAACAACAUGGCCAAGAAAUAAAAUGUGAAACAACUCAUGUCGUAUUGAAUAAGUCAUUGGUAUCAACAACAAUAAUUGCUGUUGACUAUCAGCCUGUUGUGAAGAUCACUCUGAAGCCAACACAAAUGUAUGAAAAUAAGGAAUAUUGGUUUGAAUGCACUGCAGAAGCUCGACCACCUAUUACUGAACUCGUGUGGAAAACGAAUAGUAGUAUUCUUCAGCGAAUGUCACCCAUGUUCGAUGGAAAAUAUUUAUUGGUUUUCAAUGCUACCCGUCAAAUGCAUAAUCAACACCUUUCAUGUUCAGCAUUGAAUAGUGCUGGAGUAAGCGAAGAUCUCGUUGUGCUCAAUAUUAACUAUUCACCACAAUUCAAAUCAUUUCCCUCGCCUUACACAUUGGUACGUUUAGGUGAUUCAUUGACUCUUUCAUGCAUUGUCGAUUCUAAUCCACCAGCGAAUAUUCUUUGGACGAAAAAUGGAGAUUUCGUCGGUGGUGGCAAUCAAUAUCAAAUAACAGAAGUACAUGAAGAGGAUUAUGCAGUUUAUGCCUGCAUAGCUGCGCUCGGAGGACAUUUCACUAAGAUUAUUGCAUCAACAAAAGUUCAUCCACCUGGACCUCCUCAUUUCUAUCCACCACAACGCGUUUUGGCAUCGAAAGGUUCGGAAGUUCUAUUGAAAUGUCAACUAGAAAAAGAUAUUGAACCAACUAAUGCGUUUUGGAUAUUCCAAAAUGUUACAUUGAUGAACAACAUGAAGUAUACAGUCAUACCAGUACGAGAUGUGAAAACGAUUCCUCGUUAUGAAAUCGGAUUGAUUAUUCAUAAUGUUGAAGCGAGUGACUUUGGCGACUACGAAUGUCAUGUUACUAAUCAAUAUGCCACUGAAUUUGCUCGUAUUCGUUUGGAGAGACGAAGUACUCACCUAUUCAUGCAACUGGCCAUCUAUGUUUUCAUAAUUCUUUUACUAAGUUUGAUUUUAUUUACAUCGUAUCUGUGUUGUCAUCAGGCUUGUCGAGCAGAAAAAAAACGUACAACGAUACGACGGAUGCGGAGAGUUCAAACGUGGUUGACGAGUAAACCUAGCAUGUGGAUUCACAACUUAGCAGCAACAGAAAAGAUUCCACUAACAGUUUAUGACAUGAAUUCAGGUGUUACUCGAACGACUCUUGAUCCGCCUGUUGAUAUUGUCGAGUGUUAUACAACAAUGAUGAAGGAUCACAAAGAUCAUGAAUUAACUCGAAUGUCUUUUUGUCAUGAUGAUGAUUAUGAAGAUCAAUGUGAUCAGAUCUAUGAAACCCCUAAUCCGACUUCUUGGCAUAUAGAUGUUUAA